AUGGCGCCAUCUGCCAUUGAAACCGAAUCGCCGGCACAGCCAGCCAAGCAGCUUUUGAUCAAGCCUUGGAAUCGGCCACAGUAUACGAAAGAGGAGCUUGAUUGGGCUCCGCUUACUACCAUCGACCUAUCCCGUUUUGAUGAGGCAGGGGGCAAACAAGAGUUGGCCAAACAACUUUAUGAUGCUGUCACUCGAGUCGGCUUCUGGACUGUGGUCAAUACGGGCAUCGACGAUAGUAAGGUGCUCCGCCAAUUCAGUAUCGGCAACACCUUCUUCAAGGAACCGAUCGAAGAAAAGCGCUUCUUCCCGUGCAACUUUGCCGAAGGAGAGUACUUCGGCUAUAGGGAGAACUCGCGGUGGGUUGGAGAUAGUGGCGUCAAGGAGAACGUUGAGAUGCUUAACAUCCAAAAGCCCAUCCCCAUGUACGAGAAUGUGCCGAAGCACCAAAUUGUCCGCGAAAACUGGGACGAGAUCUCGGCAUUCCACCGGGAAUUAUGGGACAAGGUGCUUCGAAAGUUAUAUGUGCUUAUUGCCAUUAUUCUCGAACUACCAGAAAACUAUUUCGUGGACGCACAUGCCUACGACGGAGAGUCGGAUGAUCACCUUAGGUACAUGAUCUACAAUGUGAGAACCCAGGACGAAUGGGACAAGGCUCAAGCAUAUACCAAGGGCGGCCACACGGACUUUGGUAGCCUCACCCUACUCUUCUCACAGCACGUCGCAGGUUUGCAGAUCCGGACGCCUGAAGGGCAAUGGAAGUGGGUGAAGCCGGUUGAAGGAGGUAUCACCUGUAAUGCAGCCGACACGCUGUCGUUCCUUACAAACGGUUUCAUCAAAUCAACAGUACACAGGGUCGUCACGCCCCCCAAAGAUCAAAUGCAUAUCCCCCGUCUAGGCUUGCUCUAUUUCAGUCGCCCUGGAGCGAGGACUCCUAUGAGGACCGUCCCGUCACCCCUCCUUGAGCGUCUUGGCCUGCUAUCGGAGGAAGACAAGGACCCAAACAAACCAGUCCCGACAGGAACCGAGUACGUGCGGGCGCGAGUCAAGGAUGUACAUCACAAGACAGUGAUUGAGAAGCGUGAAGGGACCUCUUUCAACUUCAAGGGAGUGAAAGUCCAGAACUACUAUGACUAGCGUCUGGAAGACGGGAGGAUUCUUCCGGGUUGUCCUGAAGACAAAGCCCACAAGCAAUGAUAAACGGGCAUCCAAUAGCCUUGGCCCAGAAUGACCAGCCGUCGGCCGAAUCCGUGGCCUGACCGAUUCUAGAAUGAGAUUCCUUGCCCUGCGAGGCCAUGUCUUGCCGCAGAGGCAAAUGCUCUGGCGAGGGCGUGGUCGCUU